AUGGCUGUUAAGACCGUGUAUGUGCAAGGGUGGAACUUAGUGAGACCCCAGUUUUUGGAAGGACUAAUGUGGGCUCGCACUUUGCUGAAGGAUGCAGAGGAGCUGUCGACAUUGGUUACAAAAUUUGAGGCUGAGGAAGAAAAUUUAUCUCUCGCAGACCAAGACCCAGAAGUCCUUGAUGAUGCCCUAUUCAAUCACAGGCUAGUUUGGCAGUAUGAUGCUCUACCCGGAAGCGUGUACCAUGCUCACAUGUCUAUAGAUGUCACACAUAGGGACCGUCACUCAGUCAAGACCUCAUACUUUCGUGCACCACAAGCCAUGCCGGUGCCACAUGUUACUUUAUCUGUAAUGCCACCGGAAGGAAUAUUGGAGGCUUUCAAUUUCGACGUUGCACAUGAAACUGGAGAGGAGAGAUUCUUUUUGACCCAACAGUCAUAG